GUCCCCAGCUUUUAUCCGGAGCGUCUGGAUGCUGGAUGGAGUAAAUGAGCGCAGGGAAGGGAAGGGAGAAGAGCCCUGAACCCGGGGCUGGGGGAGCCUGCUGCUGCCUGCCGGGGCUGGGAGGAAGAUGGAUGCUGCCCCCAAACUCUUCAGCGCUUUGACUUUGCUCCUGGUCGGCUCCUGGCACCUGGGAUCGACAGCCAGCAACUAUAAUUGUGAUGAUGCGUUAGUAUCUUCGUUACCUCCGACAGCUUUUGACAGCUCCUCAGAGUUCCUGAGCGCUCACAGCCCCAGCUUUGCAAAGCUCAACAGAAGGGAUGGAGCUGGUGGUUGGUCCCCACUGGAAUCUAAUCAGCAACAAUGGCUCCAGAUUGAUUUGGGAGACAGACUUGAGAUUGCAGGAGUUGCCACCCAAGGGAGGUAUGGGAGCUCAGAUUGGGUGACAAGCUACACUCUCAUGUUCAGUGACACGGGGCGCAAUUGGAAGCAGUACAGACAAGAGGACAGCAUCUGGGUCUUCGUAGGGAAUACCAAUGCAGACAGUGUUGUGGAGCACAAAUUUCUGCACUCGAUGAAGGCCCGCUUUCUGCGCUUCAUCCCUCUGAAGUGGAAUCCCAAUGGAAGAAUAGGGCUGAGAGUUGAAGUCUAUGGCUGCUCAUACAAAUCGGAUAUAGCAGAUUUCGAUGGCAGGAGUUCCUUACUGUACAGAUUCAAUCAAAAACUGAUGAGCACCUUCAAAGAUGUGGUUUCCCUGAAGUUCAAGAGCAUGCAGGGAGAUGGAGUCCUAUUCCAUGGAGAAGGACAGCGUGGAGACUACAUUACUCUGGAGUUGCAGAAAGGGAAACUCUCCUUACAUAUUAACCUGGGAGAUGCCAAGCUGCGUUUCAGCAACAGCCACAUGUCCGUCACCCUGGGCAGCCUCCUGGACGACCAGCAUUGGCACUCUGUUCUGAUUGAGCGAUUCAACAAGCAGGUGAACUUCACGGUAGACAAGCACACUCAGCAUUUCCGAACCAAGGGGGACUCGGAUCACCUGGACAUCGACUAUGAGCUCAGUUUUGGAGGGAUCCCGGUUCCAGGAAAGCCAGGAACCUUUCUGAAGAAAAAUUUCCAUGGAUGCAUUGAGAACCUGUAUUACAACGGCGUCAAUAUAAUUGAUCUUGCAAAAAGGCGCAAACCGCAGAUCUACACCGUGGGCAAUGUGACUUUCUCCUGUUCUGAACCACAAAUCGUUCCCAUCACCUUUGUCAGUUCCAGCAGCAGCUAUUUGCUGUUACCCGGCACUCCCCAAAUCGACGGGCUGUCGGUCAGCUUCCAGUUUCGAACGUGGAACAAAGACGGCCUGCUCCUAUCCACCACGCUGUCUGAAGGGUCUGGAACUCUCCUGCUUUCCCUCCACGCCGGCAGAUUGACGCUCGUCAUUCAGAAAGCAUCUGAAACCUUGGUGGAGAUCAAUGAAGGCAGCAAUCUCCAUGAUGGGCUGUGGCAUUCAGUUAACAUCAACGCCAGACGAAAUCGCAUUACCCUGAUGCUGGAUAACGAUGUUGCUUCUGCGGCCCAUGCAACCACGACCUCUCCGAUCUUUUCUGGGGACAGCUACUACUUUGGAGGGUGCACUGACAAUUUCACUGAUUCCCAAUGUUUAAAUCCCAUUACUGCGUUUCAAGGCUGCAUGAGACUCAUCUUUAUUGAUAACCAGCCCAAGGACCUCAUUUUGGUUCAGCAAGGUUCCCUGGGGAAUUUCAGUGAUUUACACAUUGAUCUGUGUGGCAUCAAAGACAGAUGUUUGCCAAACUACUGUGAACAUGGAGGGAAAUGCUCUCAGUCCUGGACCACCUUUUACUGUGAUUGUAGUGAAACGGGUUACAUGGGAGCUACCUGCCAUAACUCCAUCUAUGAGCAAUCCUGUGAAGGCUAUCGGCACAAAGGAAAGACAUCUGGUUUCUUCCACAUUGAUUCUGAUGGAAGUGGACCACUUGGACCUCUCUGGGUUUACUGCAAUAUAACAGAUAAGAUCUGGACUGCAGUACAACACAACAACACCGAGCUCAACCGAGUCCAUGGAGCCGAUCCUGAGAAGCCGUAUACCAUGUAUUUAAGCUACAACGGCAGCAUGGAGCAGCUUGAAGCCAUGAUCAACAGUGCUGAACACUGCGAGCAGGAGGCGGCUUACUACUGCAAAAAGUCACGUCUGCUGAACACCCCAAAUGGGAUCCCAUUUGCUUGGUGGGUUGGCCGUGCCAACAUGAAGCAUUUUUACUGGGGAGGUUCUCUCCCUGAAGUCCAGCAGUGCGCCUGUGGACUGGAAGAAAGUUGUCUGGAUAUGAGAUAUUUUUGCAACUGUGAUGCAGAUAAAGAAGAAUGGGCCAACGACACCGGCCUCCUUUCCUUCAAAGACCAUUUGCCUGUAACUCAGAUAGUGAUCACUGACACGAACCGGUCAGAUUCUGAGGCUGUCUGGAGAAUCGGUCCACUGCGUUGUCAUGGAGACAGGAAGUUCUGGAAUGCUGCAUCCUUCAACACGGAGGCCUCCUACCUGCUCUUCCCCCCGUUCCAUGCCGAGUUCAGUGCAGACAUUUCCUUCUUCUUCAAAACCACGGCUGUAGCUGGCGUCUUCUUGGAAAACCUUGGGAUUAAAGACUUCAUUCGAGUUGAAAUAAACUCUCCUAAGGAGAUCACCUUCUCUAUAGAUGUUGGAAAUGGUCCUACUGGGAUCACUGUGCAGUCUCCCACUGCUCUGAAUGACAACCAGUGGCAUUAUGUCCGAGCGGAAAGGAACCUCAAGCAAACGUCUCUUCAAGUAGACAACCUUCCUAAGAAGAUACUUGAUGCACCUGCAGGGGGAAAUUUCCGUUUGCAGCUCAACAGCCAAUUAUUUGUAGGGGCCAGAGCUUCCAGACAAAGGGGUUUUCUAGGUUGCAUCCGGUCAUUACAUUUAAAUGGGCAAAAACUUGACCUUGAAGAGAGGGCAAAAAUAACCCCUGGUGUCACACCCGGGUGCCCGGGGCACUGCAGCAGUUAUGGUAACCUCUGCCACAAUGGAGGCAAAUGCGUGGAGAAGUACAAUGGUUCGUCCUGUGACUGCACCAACUCUGCUUAUGAAGGACCUUUCUGCAAGGAAGAGGUUUCGGCGCUGUUUGAAGCUGGCACCUCCAUUACCUAUGUUUUCCAAGAACCUUAUCCAGUGACAAAAAAUGCAAGCACUUCAUCUUCCGCCAUUUAUGCAGAUGCGGUUAUGUCGAAGGAAAACAUUGCGCUUAGCUUCCUGACAGCACAUGCACCAAGCCUUCUGCUGUACAUCAACACCUACUUUCAUGAAUACUUGGCUGUGAUUCUCUCAAAAAAUGGAAGUUUACAGGUCCGAUACCGGCUGAGUAAAGACGGACUCCUCAUUUUCACCAUCGACUCUGGAAAUUUUGCCAAUCGAGAAAUGCACCAUGUGAAGAUCAACAGAGAAGGAAAGGAGCUCGUCAUCCAGGUGGAUCAAGUUCUCAAAGUCAAGCACAACUUCUCGGAGAUUGACUUCAGGGCCAUCAAAUCACUCAGCUUGGGCAAGGUCACCGAUAGUCUGGGACUCGAUUCUGACAUCUCAAAGGCAAACUCCUAUGGCUUUAUUGGAUGCCUGUCAUCUGUCCGGUACAAUCAUAUAGCUCCCCUGAAGGCCGCCUUGAGACAUCCCAGCAUCGCUCCUGUGACUGUCAAGGGCACCUUGACUGAAUCCAGUUGUAGAUCCAUAAUAGAGGCUGAUGUGAACACAGUCACGACAGUAUACUCUUCAUCAGAUCCCUUUGGGAAGACAGAUGAGAGGGAACCACUUACCAAUGCAGUCAGAAGUGACUCCGCUGUGAUUGGAGGUGUAAUAGCAGUAGUGAUAUUCAUCAUCUUUUGCAUCGUUGCCAUCAUGAGUCGAUUCCUCUACCAGCACAAACAGACGCAUCGAAGUAACCAGGCAAAAGAGAAAGAGUACCCAGAAAACCUUGACCGCUCCUUUAAGACUGAUAUUGACUUGCAGAAUACAGUGAGCGAGUGCAAACGGGAAUAUUUCAUCUGAUGGACUCUCCCGAUCCUUUGACACAUUUUCCUCCCCUGUCCCUCUUUUCUUUCUGUCUUUCCUUCUUUUUUUUUUUUUUUAAAACACGCUCAUUUCUGCAAGCUUUAUUUCUUAUGGAAAGAGACCACCCUGCACAGGAGAGAUUGGCAGCAAUGACAGUGCCUCGUUCUCCUCACAAAAACCUGUCACAGUUGCACUUAAACUCAAGAGACCUGCUGUUCUACUCUAGACAGAAUAAGAUCCACAUGUACGCAUGGUUG